AUGUUUAUCCUCAGCUCGUUCGCCGACCUCGUCGUCGUCGACCCCGAGGACUUCAGCAAGCACACGGCCGACGCGCUCGAAGACCAGAUCAACGCCAAGUACGCCAACAAGGUAGUCUACAACCUCGGGCUAUGCAUCUGCCUAUUCGACAUCCUUCGCGUUUCGGAGGGGCAAAUCGGGCACGGCAGCGGCAGCGCGCACGUGAACGUUGAGUUCCGACUAAUCGUGUUCCGCCCGUUCAAGGGCGAAGUCCUGACGGGGCGGAUAUCGUCGAGUUCGCCGCACGGGAUCAACGUGCGGACCGACUUCUUCGACGAGAUCUUCAUUCCGCACGCGUACCUUUUCGAGGGCAGCACCUUCGACGUCAAGGAAAACGUCUGGAUCUGGAAUAAUGACGGCAACGAGUUCUUCAUGGAUAAGAACGAGACCAUAAGAUUCCGUGUCGAGGAGGAGGCGUUUGAAGAUCAGCUGCCGAUACCCCCGCAUCUGCAGGAUGAUCGCAUGGAGGUCGAGAGGAAGCCGCCGUAUAAGAUCAUUGCUUCCGCGCAGCAGGCAGGAAUGGGUUUGGUUGCAUGGUGGGCAGAAGAAGGAGAUGAAGAAGACGGGGAAGAGGCAGAGUAAUAAUCUGU